CCCGUGUUUGGGAGGGCCACCAGCCGGGACUUCUGCCAAGGAGCCCGUGCCAGCUCCUGUGGAGGCCCCGUGCCCUUCCCGCUGCGCCCGCGUCGGCAGCCGAGGGGGCUCCUUCUGCUGCUGUGGGCAGGCACAGCAGGGGAGGCUUUGCUUAGUUUUUGAGCUGGGCCUAAAGUUCAUGUCCAGCUGUCUUAGAUACUUUGGAGAACGGGCUCCUUCCGACCUGGGGCAGGUUGGCCGGGCGGGGGGAGGCCCCAGGGCACGCGGCAGUGUGUCACAGGGCCCUUUGUGACACGGCGGGCAUCGCCGAUGGCGUGCAACGGGGCAGGGUGUCACAGGGCCCUUUGUGACACGUCAUGACAUAGUACCGGUGGUGACGUGGCCACGCCUCAGUGCUCCUCGGAGCGUGCGACGGGAGAGACGGGAUAGAGCGGUGCUGUGCGGAGCCCCCGUGCAGCCAACUCCUUCCUCCUGACCCGGAGCGUUUUGGAGGCUUUUCUGUGGUGCGAGCGUCCUUGAGGCCAGACCGCGGGACUUGGUGACACGGAGCUUUGGCGAGGUGUCUCCAAUCCCUGCGGCCAGUGCCCUUGAGGCCACACCGCAGGACUUGAGAACCCCUACCCUUUCCCAGGGUUUUCUCCCUUUUAGUUGCCCUUGAGGCCAGACCGCAGGACUGGUGACCCGGAAAUUUUCCGAGGAGUCUCCAAUCCCUGCGGCAGGUGGCCUCCAGGGCAGCCUGCAGGACUUGGGGACGCAGAGAUCUUCCGAGGUGUCUCCCUCUUGCAGGUGCCCUCAAGGCCAGACUGUGGGAUGGCGGGAAGACGCCUGAGCCUGCACAGGCUCUUCCGCGAGAAGAGGGUUAGCCCUGCGACCGACCCAACACAGCAGCCUGAAGAGGCGGAGCAGUUCCAGCCCCUGCAGGAGGAUCCAGGCCGGCAGCAGACACAAGAGCAGGACCGUGCCCGGGGCCGCUUCCGCAGGGCAGCACAGGCCUUUCUGAAAUUCGUUCCCGUUCGGCGAAGAAAGUACAGGGUCACACCAAUUGAGGACACGGCGCAGCCUGACCCCACGCCGAGCGAGCUCCAGGUUGACCCCGAUGUCGGCACCGCGUCGACCGAUGGCCCAGCAAACCGUGACACCGCGGUGACCGACGACACGACAACCUCCAACGCCGCGCCGCCUGAGCUCACCCCGCAGGCUGACGGUGCAACGACUGAGGGCAUCGCAGACGCUGACAGAACACCCGUUCAGCACCUGCCCGAUGAUCCCAGUCUGGAGGUUCUUGAAGAGGAAGUGAUCUCUCUGGAAGUAGCCAUGGAGCCAGGCAGAGGCAUGGAGCAGAGACCCCCCUGGGUUUGCAAGCUGGCCUGGGUGAAGAAGGAGGAGAAGGAGAAAAGCCCUAGGCCUGCCCCAGCACAACACCCUGAGGAGGCGGAGCAGUUCCAGCCCCUGCAGGAGGAUCCAGGCCGGCACCGGACACAAGAGCAGGGCCGCGCCCGGGGCCGCUUCCGCAGAGCUCAUCAGAGGGUGCGGAAAUCUGCUCCCGUUCGGCGUAGAAAGGCCGGGACCUCAACAACCAAUGUCGUGGCACAGCCUGAGCCCAACCCCACCGAGCUCAAGGCCAAGGCUGACGCCCCAGGGACUGAGGGCAUCGCAGACGCGGACAGCACACCCGUUCAGCGCCUGCCCGAUGCUCCCAGUCUGCAUGUUCCUCAGGAGAGAGUUGUCUCUGCUCAAGUGCCACCUCUGGUGAGGUCCAUCCACUCGUGGCUGACCUCCAAUGUGUCUGCUGGGCACGUGCUGGAUAAGACCCUUCUGGCACUGACCGAGGCACACCCCGUGGAUGUCACCAUCACCCUCCUGCGCUGUGCUCCCUCAUGUGACAGAGCUGCUGCAACCAUGUGGAGGACCAUAGCCUCAUCGGGAACCACGCUGCGGAAGGUGCUGCCAACACUGCUCUGCGUGAUGGAGGACUGGCCGUGGUACUACACAC